AUGGCGGACCGUUGCUAUUCAUUAUUGCUUUGGACCUCUGUGCUGCUUUUGCUACUAGUAGUAGUACAAGCUACGAGAGGUGGUCGAGCCGUGUUGCUGAACCGUUGGGACCCGCUGAUCCGGACGCCUGUGGAGGAGGACCAUAGACCGGAAGAAAACGGCACGCGAUGGGCGGUUCUCGUUGCCGGUUCACAUGGCUAUGGCAACUACCGCCAUCAGGCGGACGUUUGCCAUGCGUAUCAGAUUUUGAAAAGAGGAGGGUUGAAAGAGGAGAACAUAGUGGUGUUUAUGUAUGAUGACAUUGCCACGCAUGAAUUCAACCCGAGGCGUGGAGUUAUGAUCAACCAUCCACAAGGUCAUGAUGUCUAUGCCGGUGUACCCAAGGAUUAUACUGGCAAGGAUGUCACUGCAGAGAACUUGUAUGCCGUGCUUCUCGGCAAUAGGAGCGCUUUGAAAGGUGGAAGUGGGAAGGUUGUGCAAAGCAAACCCAAUGACAGGAUCUUCUUAUACUACUCUGAUCAUGGAGGCCCUGGAGUGCUUGGGAUGCCGAAUAUGCCUUUCCUCUAUGCGAAAGAUUUCAUUGAGGUUUUGAAGAAGAAGCAUGCUUCCCACGACUACAAGGAGAUGGUUAUAUACAUAGAAGCAUGUGAGAGUGGGAGUGUCUUUGAAGGUAUGAUGCCCGAAAACCUAAACAUCUACAUUACAACGGCAUCGAAUGCAGAAGAGAGUAGCUGGGGAACUUAUUGUCCUGGGAUGGAACCUGCUCCACCUCCAGAGUAUAUAACUUGCCUAGGGGAUUUGUAUAGUGUUGCUUGGAUGGAAGACAGUGAGAACCACAACCUGAAGAAAGAAACAAUAGAUCAACAAUAUCAAGCUGUAAAGCUGAGGACUUCAAAUUACAACACUUACACUGCCGGAUCGCAUGUGAUGGAAUAUGGAAAUAAAAGUCUCAAACCCGAGAAGCUUUACCUAUAUCAAGGUUUUGAUCCUGCCACCGAGAACUUGCCAACAAACAAAUUUCUCUGUGAUACCCAUUUGGAUGUUGUUAACCAGAGGGAUGCAGAUCUUCUUUUCCUAUGGCAAGCGUAUGAGAAAUCAAAAGACGACGAACCAGAGAAGAAGAGAGAAAUUCUAGACCAGAUAACGAGUACAAUGAGACACAGGAUUCAUUUAGAUGAUAGUAUGAACAUGAUUGGAAUAUUCCUUUUUGGACCCGAAAAGGGUCCUUCCACCCUAGGUUCUGUAAGGGCAUCCGGUUUGCCUAUUGUGGAUGAUUGGAAUUGUCUCAAAUCAAUGGUCCGAUUGUUUGAGACACAUUGUGGAUCAUUAACUCAAUACGGGAUGAAACAUAUGCGUGCAUUUGCCAACAUAUGCAACAAUGGGGUCUCCAAGGCUGCUGUGGGGGAAGCUUGUGUGGCUGCAUGUAGCGGGUACAACAUGUUGCAAUGGAAUCCAGCAAACAGAGGUUAUAGCUCUUGA